CAUGCUGCACCAGCAGCUGUCCUUGCGGCAGGCUGUCAUCACUGUGAGGGACCGCCGAUGGAUCUUCCCCAACCGUGGCUUCCUGCGCCAGCUCUGCCAGCUGGACCAGCAGCUGCGGGGUGCAGGCCGCAGCUAAGGAGCCAGAGACAGUUCAUACUCUCUGCCACAAGUCUCUGCCAGUUUGCUACUCUCGCCGUGGCCUUGAUGUCAGCCUUCGCUCGGGUGGAUGCCCAGAAGAUGGAAAGGGCCCAGUGUGGAGCUCACCGUCGAACCCGCUGCUCCAUCAGCUUCCUCCAGCGUUCCACAGGCGUUCUCAGCCACUGUCUUCAGUCUCCACAGAAACAGCAUCAAGUGUGCACAGACAGGCGGCAGGAAGCCGGCGGCACAGACCGCCUGUUGGAGAAGACCAGAGCCUGGGCAGGAUCUUCCUGCAGGAUGGACUCACUGCAGAAGCAGGACCUUCGGAGGCCGAAGAUUCAUGAGGCGGUCCAGAUGUCCCCCUACCAGCCACCCACGCUGGCCUCCCUGCAGCGCCUGCUGUGGGUCCAUCGGACCGCCACACUGACCCACAUCAAUGAGGUCUGGCCCAACCUCUUCCUGGGAGAUGCGUAUGCUGCCCGAGACAAGAGUCGUCUAAUCCAGCUGGGCAUCACCCACGUUGUGAAUGUCGCAGCAGGCAAGUUUCAAGUGGACACAGGCGCCAAGUUUUACCGUGGAACACCUCUGGAGUACUACGGCAUUGAAGCUGAUGAUAACCCCUUCUUUGACCUCAGUGUCUACUUUCUGCCUGUUGCUCGCUACAUCAAAGAAGCUCUCAAUAUUCCCCAAAGCCGCGUGCUGGUCCACUGCGCCAUGGGGGUAAGCCGCUCUGCUACAAUUGUCCUGGCCUUCCUCAUGAUCUGCGAGAACAUGACCCUGGUAGAUGCCAUCCAGACGGUGCAGGCCCACCGAGAUAUCUGCCCCAACUCAGGCUUUCUCCGGCAGCUCCAGGUUCUGGACAACAGGCUGAGGCGGGAAUCAGGGAGAAUCUGAAUGAGGGAGCACCUGAAGCCUCUGUCCACCGUGGCCCAGCCUGACCUACCUGGCCCUGGGGAUGGCAGCCUCUACCAUUUCCAGAGACCCUGAGAUGGCACCAGCAAGUCAGGGUGCAGAGGCAGGGUGGGCUGGGGGGUGCCCUUCUGCAGGCGGAGUCCCCUGACCCAGUACAGAAAUUCUUUAUGCAGAAGAAAAUUCAAUCUGUCUCUAUAA